AUGCCGCCGCCGUGGUCGACCAGCCUCGCAAGGCCGAAAUCCCCUAACUUGGCAUUGAAAUUGACGUCCAGCAUCACAUUGCUCGACUUCACGUCCCUGUGGACCACGCACUGCUCCGACUCCUCGUGGAGGUAA